CUUGGCCUAGGCUUCCCUAGUUCCUGGUUCGCCGGCGGCCAUUUUGGGUGGAAGCGAUCCCUGAGUGGCGGCGGCUGCUGAUUGUGUUCUGAGGGUCGGAGUGGGGUCGACGUUUGCUCUACCGGAACCACUUAGCUCCUUCCUUCCCUUCCAUUACCCGUGGCGCGGAGAGUCGGGGCGGCGGCUGCGUCAGCAAGGGCGGUGGCGGCGGCGGCAGCUGCAGUGACAUGUCCAGCAUGAAUCCCGAAUAUGAUUAUUUAUUCAAGUUACUUCUGAUUGGUGAUUCUGGGGUUGGAAAGUCUUGCCUCCUCCUCAGGUUUGCAGAUGACACGUACACGGAAAGCUACAUCAGCACGAUCGGUGUGGAUUUCAAGAUCCGGACUAUAGAGUUAGAUGGGAAAACAAUCAAGCUUCAAAUCUGGGACACAGCAGGCCAGGAAAGAUUUCGAACAAUCACCUCCAGUUACUACAGAGGAGCCCAUGGCAUCAUAGUUGUUUAUGAUGUGACAGAUCAGGAAUCCUUCAAUAACGUUAAACAGUGGCUGCAGGAGAUAGAUCGCUAUGCCAGUGAAAACGUCAACAAGUUGUUGGUAGGGAACAAAUGUGACCUGACCACAAAGAAAGUAGUAGACUACACAACAGCAAAGGAAUUUGCAGAUUCCCUUGGAAUUCCGUUUUUGGAAACCAGUGCUAAGAAUGCAACGAAUGUAGAGCAGUCUUUCAUGACGAUGGCAGCUGAGAUUAAAAAGCGAAUGGGCCCUGGAGCGACAGCUGGUGGUGCAGAGAAGUCCAAUGUUAAAAUCCAGAGCACUCCAGUCAAGCAGUCAGGUGGAGGCUGCUGCUAAAAUUCGCCUCCGUCCUUCUCUCACAGCAAUGAAUUCGCAAUCUGAACCCAAGAGAAAAAACAAAUUGCCUGAAUUGUACUGUAUGUAGCUGCACUACAACAGAUUCUUACCGUUUCCACAAGGUCAGAGAUUGUCAAUGGUCAAUACUGACUUUUUUUUUUAUUCCCUUGACUCAAGACAGCUAACUUCAUUUUCAGAACUGUUUUAAACCUUUGUGUGCUGGUUUAUAAAAUAAUGUGUGUAAUCCUUGUUGCUUUCCUGAUACCAGAUUGUUUCCCGUGGUUGGUUAGACUAUAUUUUGUUUUGAUGUUUAUAUUGGCAUGUUUAGAUGUUGGGUUUAGUCUUCUGAAGAUGAAGUUCAGCCAUUUUGUAUCAAACAGCACAACCAGUGUCUGUCAAUUUCCAUGCAUAAAGUUUAGUGAAACGUUAUAUGUAAGAUCUGAUUUGCUAGUUCUUCCUUGUAGAGUUAUAAAUGGAAAGAUUACACUAUCUGAUUAAUAGUUUCUUCAUACUCUGCAUAUAAUUUGUGGCUGCAGAAUAUUGUAAUUUGUUGCACACUAUGUAACAAAACUGAAGAUAUGUUUAAUAAAUAUUGUACUUAUUGGAAGUAAUAUCAAACUGUAUGGUGAUAAGUAUUGUUUUAAUUCUUAUGGUUAAAGGGAAAUAGAGGUUUGCAUUAUACUCAACAGCCAUUUAUGUGUGCAACAAGGGCACUGUAGACUAAGAGCACAGCAUCCAGUACUUGCUUUCUAGUGUUAGGCCUGCUCAGUGACCUAGAGAAGCUUCUGUGCUGUGUACACUGAACCAGCCUCAUUGGUUCAAGGAGCUCACACUGUAUGGAAACAAGUUUAGAGUGUCUGCUUCCUAGCACUUCAUCUCCAGGCCUAGACCCAUCUGAAGAGGCUUCCCAGGCAACGCUUUUUUCAUGCAUCUGUGGUAGAUGGAGAGCAGCACAUGCCUCCUCACAAGCAGUGAGCUGGUGAUCCGUGCUGGUGCUUCCUCCAUGCUGAGUCAGAUGUCACCUCCCCCCCUCCCCCCCCACACCCCUGGUUUGGGGAUUCUUUUUUGCGUUUCGAGACAGGGUUUCUCUGUGUAGUCCUGGCUGUCCUGGAACUUGCUCUGUAGACCAGGCUGACCUCGAACUCAGGGAUCCACCUGUCUCUGCCUCCAAGUGCUGGGAUUAAAGGCAUGCACCACCAUGCCUGGCUUUUUCUUCUUUUUUUUUUUUUUUUUUUUUUUUUUUUUUUUGAGACAGGGUCUCACUAUGUAACCCUGGCUGGCCUGGAACUUAGUAUGUGCAACAGGCUGGCCCCUCAUAGAGAUCCACCUGCCUUUUCCUCCCAAAUGGUAGGAUUAAAGGCAUGUACCACAAUACCCAGAUUGCACUGUUUUUUGAGACAGUGUCUCAUGUAGCUCAAGAGGCCUCAUUUCCACUUGUAACCAAGGAUGGCCUUGAACUCCCGAUCCUCCUGCCUCCACUUCCAGGUGUCAACUUUUUAUUCUUUCCAAUUGUAUAACUCAAGUUGGAGGAGAGUUUAAGCAUUAGAAAAGAAAGCAGGAAAUGUUGAUCGCCCUAACUGUAGAAAUUAUAUCCCCCCAAAUUAACUGAAAACAUGAACUCUAGAUGGGAAUGAUGAGAGAAAUAAUAUAUUUAUUUCGGUGAAAUUUUUGCAUGUGUGAAAGUUUUGUUAACUAGGACCUUUGAGACCUAGACUUUGCUUUUGUCUUACUGUGGGAAACAAAGUCUCUUGCGGACAUUAGCAUUUAAGGUGACAGAGGUCAGAGAUUGUUUCCUUUGGUUUAAGCAGCAGCCAAACAUUCAAUUGGGGGCUUAGGAUGUGACUGCUGACAACACAUUUUAUUAUGGGGUCUUUAAUGAUAAAAUAUUAAACUAAAAAUAAGCCAAAAAUUACAGGUUUCUUUAUUUUUCACUAAACAGACGAUUGAAAUACAUGGUACAAAAAUAAGUGGUAAGAUUAUUGUAAAAUGAAAAUGGACAGAAUAAAUAUUCAAUUUAAUUUUCCAUCUAUGAGAAUUUCACAAUAAAAUCAUAGUUUACUUUGUAUUAUA